AUGUCUGUAACUCAAGCGGAGGGUGGCUCCCCAUCGUGUCUGAAUGGGUCCUCCAACACAGAGCUGAAUGGAACGCAAGAGCCUUUUGGGAACCCAUCUGCGGACUAUGAUGAGGAGGAAUUUCUACAGUUUCUUUGGAGGGAAUAUUUGCAUCCCAAAGAAUAUGAAUGGGUCCUGAUUGCUGGAUAUAUUGUUGUGUUUCUUGUAGCUCUCAUAGGAAACAUUCUGGUUUGUGUUGCAGUAUGGAAAAAUCAUCACAUGCGAACAGUUACCAAUUACUUCAUCGUCAACCUCUCACUGGCCGACAUCCUUGUCACCAUCACAUGUCUUCCAGCGACUUUAGUGGUGGAUAUCACAGAGACCUGGUUCUUUGGAGACAGCCUCUGCAAGGUGUUCCCUUAUUUGCAGACUGUGUCUGUCUCGGUUUCCGUGCUAACCCUCAGCUGCAUUGCGUUGGAUCGAUGGUAUGCUAUUUGCCACCCUUUGAUGUUUAAAAGCACGGCCAAGAGGGCAAGGAACAGCAUCAUCAUGAUCUGGAUUGCAUCUUGUAUCGUCAUGAUUCCCCAGGCAAUCGUCAUGGAAUGCAGCAGCGUGUUCCCCGGAUUAGCCAACAAAACCGUCUUGUUCACCGUGUGUGAUGAGCACUGGGAAGCUGAUGUCUACCCCAAAAUGUAUCAUUCAUGUUUUUUCCUGAUAACAUACAUGGCCCCACUGUGUCUCAUGGUACUGGCCUAUUUGCAGAUAUUUCAAAAGCUGUGGUGCCGACAGAUUCCAGGAACGACAUCGGUGGUGCAGAGAAAGUGGAAGCCUUUGCAGUUUGCAGCGCAGGCCCGAGAGCUGAGGCCAGCAGCCAAUCUGAGGAUUAGCGCUGUGGCUGCUGAAAUCAAACAGAUCCGGAUCAGGAGGAAAACAGCGCGCAUGCUCAUGGUGGUGCUUCUGGUGUUUGCCAUCUGUUACCUCCCAAUCAGCAUUCUCAACCUAUUAAAAAGGGUGUUUGGGAUGUUCAACAAUGCUGAUGAUAGAGAAACUGUGUAUGCCUGGUUUACAUUCUCCCACUGGCUUGUAUAUGCAAAUAGUGCAGCAAACCCAAUUAUUUAUAACUUUCUGAGUGGGAAAUUCCGCGAAGAAUUUAAAGCAGCUUUUUCCUGCUGCUGCUUUGGCAUUAGACACCACCAUGAUGAACGACACAGAGGACGGACAAGCACAGAAAGUCGGAAAUCCUUGGCCACUCAGCUCAGCAAUUGUGAUCAUGUUACAAAGCUGUCAGAACAUGUUGCUUUGAGCAACAUAAGUACACUACCAGCGAAUGGCACUGGAUCCAUUCACAUCUGGUAGCAAAUUAGUGUCUGUGUCAUUUACCACCAUUGUAAACUAAGAUCUCUGCAUCUGAUCAUAGAAACGGAUAACCAGAACAUUACGGAAGCAAAUGGAA